UGGAGAAUUCUUGAUUUUAGUGCAUUACUCAAAAUUGAAAAAGCUGUGUCUGCAUCUACAGUAAUCAUAAUUCAGAAUUGACAAUGUUGGUAUUAGUACUAGGAGAUCUACACAUUCCUCAUCGAUGCGCCAGUUUACCCCCAAAGUUCAAGAAACUCUUGCUGCCAGGACGUAUUCAGCACAUAUUGUGUACAGGGAACCUCUGCACUAAGGAGUCAUAUGAUUAUCUGAAAACUUUGGCUAGUGAUGUCCAUGUAGUAAGAGGAGAUUUUGAUGAGAAUUCUACUUAUCCAGAGCAAAAAGUAGUAACUGUUGGCCAAUUCAGGAUUGGUCUGACUCAUGGCCAUCAAGUUGUACCUUGGGGUGAUGAAGAGACACUGGCUUUAGUGCAGCGACAGCUUGAUGUUGACAUACUUAUAUCUGGUCACACACAUCGAUUUGAGGCUUAUGAACAUGAGAAUAAAUUUUAUAUAAACCCUGGAUCUGCCACAGGAGCUUACAGUCCACUCUUCAGAAACCCCACACCCUCGUUUGUGUUGAUGGACAUCACAAGUUCCACUGUUGUGACAUAUGUCUACAAAUUGAUGGGUGAUGAAGUGAAGGUCGAACGGAUUGAGUACAAGAAAGCAUAAUUGAUAUACUUGUAUAUAAAUUGUAAUUGUAAGAAUAUUAUUUUUUAAUAAAAUUAUAUAAGCUAUUGUUAAAA